GUAGUGACAAAAGCUUUUGUAUGUGCUGCAACUUAUCUAUGAGGUUUGUCUGUCAUGUCUGUCAUGUCUGUUGUAUGCUGGUGUCUGUCGAAUGAUCUGUCACAAGAUCCUUCUUCUUCCUUUCGUUUCCCAAGUUCUGUUUUGAUUACCUUUUUUUGUUCGAUGAUUGAUGUUUUCCAGCGGGCUGGCUGGCGCCGGGCAGGACAGGGCAGGCAAAAAAAAUGGCACUAUUUCCGAGACAAAUACCACGACUACUACCGACGGAUGGCAUCUUGUUUUGUUUGGGACGGGAGACAUUUUUGUUUGGCAACCUUCCCUUUUUUCUUCUUCCUUUUUCUUCUCGAAACUCCCUUCAUUUUUCUCAUAUACAAUACCUACCUACUACACACAUGGCGGUAGGAAGUGUAAAGAAGGCGGGGAAAGAAGGGGAGGAUAUUUUAACGAUGUGAUAGACGAAUCAGAACCGAUUUACAUGACGAUGGGAUGGGAGGGCAAGGAGGACACUUAUUGGAACUGGGGGGGUUGGAUUUGGUUGAACGGAAAGGGGUCGUGGUAUGAGUGGUGAAAGAGGAGGAAGAAUGAUUCGAUAGUGAUUGAAGAAACAUCAAAGUUAAAGUACAUGGUCUGCUGCCUGACCUGAUCAAAGUGUGAAGAGAACCUCAUCGUGUGUUUGUUGUGAAUUGUCU